AUGUCAAUCUCCAACACUUCUGAAGUCGAAAUCUCUACCUUCUUCCUGAUUGGGAUUCCAGGAAUGGAACAUGCCCAUGUUUGGAUCUCAAUCCCCAUUUGCCUCAUUUACCUCUUUAGCAUUCUGGGGAACUGUAUUAUCCUCUUUUUCAUAAAAACAGAGGCCUCUCUUCAUGAACCGAUGUAUUAUUUCCUCUCCAUGUUGGCAUUGUCUGACCUAGGACUGUCCAUCUCUUCCCUGCCAACUAUGCUGAGAAUCUUCUUGCUCAAUGCCCCAGGGAUUUCCUCAGAUGCCUGCCUUGCUCAAGAGUUUUUCAUUCAUGGAUUCUCAGUCAUGGAAUCAUCUGUACUUUUUAUCAUGUCAGUUGACUGCUUUAUAGCUAUUAAUAGCCCCUUGAGAUAUGCCUCUAUUCUUACAGGUACCAGGGUCAUUAAAAUUGGUCUUGUGUUUGCUGGGAAAAGUAUUUUAUUGGUCCUACCUUUCCCCUUCAUUCUAAAAAGGCUGAAAUACUGUUAUAAAAGCCUUCUAUCCCACUCCUACUGCCUCCACCAGGAUGUCAUGAAGCUGGCCUGUUCUGACAACAAGGUCAAUAUUAUCUAUGGCUUUUUUGUGGCUCUUACAGCAAUGUUAGACUUGGCAUGCAUUUCUGUGUCAUACAUGCUAAUCCUUAAAAUUGUUUUUGGCAUUGCUUCACGAAAGGGUCGCCUCAAAGUCCUCAAUACUUGCAUCUCUCAUAUCUGUGCUGUGCUUAUCUUCUAUGUGCCUAUCAUUACCUUGGCUGUUGUUCAUCGCUUUGCUAAUAAUGCCUCUCCAGUUAUUAGAGUUAUUAUAGCUGACACUUUCCUUUUGAUUCCCCCUCUAAUGAAUCCCAUUGUGUAUUCUGUGAAGAGUCAGCAUAUUAGAAAUCGAAUCUUCGGUAAAUUAUGUGAGAAACAAAGCUAA